UGGCUGAGCUCCGAGGGAUCAAAACUCCACAGAUUACCUUGAUGAAUACACUGAAAUAAUCAGUAUGUAUAACAACAGUACCAACGAUAAUAGUAGUUGCGAUGAUGAAUUUCCAUUCCAGAAGACCCUUUAUGCAACCACCUACAUCCUCAUUUUCAUCCCGGGACUUCUGGCCAACAGUGUAGCCUUGUGGGUUCUCUGUCGCUUCAUCAGCAAGAAAAAUAAAGCCAUCAUUUUCAUGAUCAACCUCUCUGUGGCUGACCUUGCUCACGUGCUGUCCCUACCUGUCCGGAUUUACUAUUACAUCUCUGGCCAUUGGCCUUUCCAGAGGUUCGUUUGCCUGCUGUGCUUCUACCUGAAGUACCUCAACAUGUAUGCCAGCAUUUGCUUCCUGACGUGCAUCAGCCUUCAGAGAUGCUUCUUUCUCCUCCAACCCUUCAAGGCCAGAGACUGGAAACGCAGGUAUGAUGUGGCCAUCAGUGCUGCCAUCUGGGUCAUCGUGGGGAGUGCCUGUUUGCUGUUUCCCAUCCUGAGAAGCGAGGAAACGAAGGAAGACUUCUGCUUUGCUAAUCUUGGUUACAGGAAAAUUAAGCCAGGGAAUUUGUUUGGGUAUAUUAUAUUGGCUGAGCUGGCAGGCUUUGUGAUCCCGGUAAUCAUCAUUGCAUGGAGUACCUGGAAAAUUGUUGUAUCCUUGAGGAAACCACCUAUCGCUCUCCAGGUAAUUGAGAACCAGAAAGCAAAGCGGAUGGUUUUUAUGUGUGCUGCAGUCUUCUUCAUCUGCUUUACUCCCUAUCAUAUUAACUUUGUCUUUUACACCAUGGUAAAGGGAGAAGUCUUUGACAAAUGUGCCACUGCAUCCCAAGGAACAGUGUAUUUCCACCCAUUUUCUCUAUGUCUUGCAAGCACCUGCUGCCUUCUGGAUCCAAUUAUCUAUUACUUCAUGGCCUCAGAGUUUCGUGACCAGCUAUCCCGCCAUGGCAGCUCUGUGAUCCGUUCUCGCCUCAUGAGUCGGGAGAGUGGCUCAUCAGUGGUUUCUUAA